AUUAUUUUACGGAGCCAAGCGCAUAGGCCCUCGCAAGAAAGUCGCCCAAAACAGCAUCCAAGAAUGAACAAGCGCGCUGAUUGGACGAGAGGCGAGCGCGGCCCACUGGAGAAGGUAACGAAUGUUUAUAACCGUGCCGUUUCUAAAAUAACAAGGUUGGGAGUCUAAUUUUUGCUCGAUUCUGUGCUCUAACGUUGGUUCCACAUUAUCCCCACAAGUUUAGAUCACUUCAAUCGUGAAAUAUUGUCCUAGCGAGCCACGUGCGCUGUCCCUCGCAAGAAACUUGCCCAAAACAGCAUCCAGAAUGAACAAGCUCUCUGAUUGGCCGAGAGGCCUUGUCGGGAAGGAAGUUUCGCCACUCGCGCUGAGGCAGUUGGUCGUCAGGAGUCGAGGUGUGUUGCUGUUUGCUAGCUCUCUCGUUUUAUUGUCCCAACGUUUCGGAAUGGCCCGUACGAAGCAGACCGCCCGCAAGAGCACGGGAGGAAAAGCACCGCGCAAGCAGCUGGCUACGAAGGCCGCCCGGAAGAGUGCUCCUGCAACCGGUGGAGUCAAGAAGCCGCAUCGCUACAGGCCGGGCACGGUCGCGCUGCGUGAGAUUCGUCGUUACCAGAAGUCGACUGAGCUGCUCAUCCGCAAGCUGCCCUUCCAGAGGCUAGUGCGGGAGAUCGCGCAAGAUUUCAAGACGGACCUCCGCUUCCAGAGCUCGGCUGUAAUGGCCCUGCAGGAGGCCAGCGAGGCCUACUUGGUCGGUCUCUUCGAAGACACCAACCUCUGUGCCAUCCACGCCAAGCGGGUAACCAUCAUGCCUAAGGACAUCCAGCUGGCUCGUCGCAUCCGCGGUGAACGCGCUUAA